CCUCGCGGGGCCGGGCCGGGCCGGCGCUGCCGAGCCGCCGGGAGCCGUUGGGGCCGGUCGGUGGGUCCCGCCUGCCCGAGUCCUGCCCGCAGCCGCCGGCGGCCCCGCGGGAGUCCUUGAGAUGGCAGCAAUGGCAGAAUUCAACAACAUCCGUUCGGUGACUGAAACAUCAGAAGGAGAUGAUGCUAAACGCAGUUUCCAUCACAGAAUGUUCUUGGAACCCCAAGAGAAGAAGAGGAGCAUGAAGGCUCUGGUGAUUAAGCAAGCAAAGAAAACUUGCAGCUGCACUCCCGCCAAAGUUAAAGGCUAUGUUUUCAGUUUCUUUCCCGUCUUGCAGUGGCUUCCUAAAUACAAACUAAGAGAGUACCUACUGGGAGACAUAAUGUCUGGUGUGAUUGUGGGGGUCUUGCUAGUCCCACAGUCAAUUGCCUAUUCUCUCUUGGCUGGACAGGAGCCUAUUUAUGGCCUUUAUACAUCCUUUUUUGCUAGCAUUAUUUAUUUCAUAUUUGGAACUUCCCGCCACAUCUCAGUUGGCAUCUUUGGUGUGAUUUGCCUGAUGGUGGGACAAGUGGUGGAUCGUGAAAUACAGAGAGCUGGCUAUGACUUAGAGCCGGCCGCGCUCAGUGUCCUCACAGGUACAGCAGCAUAUGUAAACACCACUAUUUUGGCUGUGAAUCAGACAUCACAGAGGCUGCUCUGUGAUAAAAGCUGCUAUGCAAUUACAGUGGGAGCCACCAUGACCUUCAUAGCUGGAGUUUAUCAGGUGGCCAUGGGUUUCUUUCAAGUGGGCUUUGUCUCAGUGUACCUCUCUGAUUCAUUGCUGAGUGGAUUUGUCACAGGUGCCUCCUUCACCAUCCUAACCUCACAAGCCAAGUAUCUCCUGGGCCUAGACAUUCCACGGAGCAGUGGCGUCGGCUCCCUCAUAGGCACAUGGAUAAACAUCUUCAGAAACAUACACAAGACCAAUAUCUGUGAUCUCGUCACCAGCUUCUUGUGCUUUCUUGUACUUAUCCCAACCAAAGAGCUUAAUGAACAUUUUAAAUCCAAGCUCAAGGCUCCAAUACCGGUUGAACUAGUUGUGAUUGUGGCAGCUACUCUGGCAUCUCACUUUGGGAAGCUGAGAGAGACUUACGGCUCAAGCGUUGCUGGACACAUCCCAACUGGGUUUCUGCCACCCCGCCCUCCAGACUGGAGCCUGAUUCCUAACGUGGCUUUGGAUGCUAUCCCCAUAGCCAUUAUUGGCUUUGCCAUCACUGUUUCCCUCUCAGAGAUGUUUGCCAAGAAGCAUGGAUACACCGUGAAGGCCAACCAGGAAAUGUAUGCCAUUGGCUUCUGCAACAUCAUUCCUUCUUUCUUCCAUUGCUUCACAACAAGUGCAGCUCUUGCAAAGACUCUUGUUAAGGAGUCCACAGGCUGUAGGACACAAAUGUCUGGCAUGGUGACUAGUUUGGUAAUCCUAUUAGUCCUCCUUGUGAUCGCCCCUUUAUUUUAUUCCCUUCAGAAAUGUGUCCUUGCUGUCAUAACCAUUGUAAACCUCAGAGGAGCCCUGCGGAAGUUCAGAGACCUGCCAAAAAUGUGGCAUUUGAGCAGAGUGGACACAGUGAUCUGGCUAGUUACUAUGGCAGCCUCAGCACUCAUCAGUACUGAGAUUGGUCUUUUGGUUGGUGUUUGCUUCUCUAUGCUCUGUGUCAUUUUCCGAACUCAGAGACCAGAGGCACCGCUGCUUGGCUGGGUAGCAGAGUCUGAGACAUAUGAAUCACUGUCUGCUUACAAGAACUUGCAAACCAAGCCAGGAAUCGUGGUGUUCCGUUUCGAAGCACCCCUCUACUACAUCAACAAAGAGUGCUUUAAAUCCACCCUUUACAAGCAAACAGGGGUCAACCCAGUCUGGGUGAAGGCAGCAAAGAAAAAGGCAGCAAAAAGGAUGCUUAGAGAGAAAGAGGUGGAAUCUGGUGGCAACCAGACCAGAAUCUCCAUGGAUUUUGUUUCUGAACCUCUGGGGUUUCACACAAUAGUCAUUGACUGUUGUGCAGUACAGUUUCUGGACACAGCAGGAAUACGCACGCUCAAAGAAGUCUGCAAGGACUACAGGGAGAUAGAUGUCCAGGUGCUGCUGGCCCAGUGCAAUCCUUCGGUGAGGAGUUCCCUGAUCCGAGGAGAAUUCUUUAAAGAGGGGGAGGACCACCUUCUCUUCCACAGUGUGCACCAGGCUGUAGACUUUGCAUUGGAUGCGCGGGGGCACAGUGGGACCAGAGCUUCUAAGAGCUAGUUGUGGAAGGGAAGCAAGUUGGAACAAAACCUGGGAAAAAAUGGCAGUGGGUCUGCAUGUGUACCCAAUAGAUAUGCACUUGGAUAAAAAGAGACAGAGUUGUUCUUAACACACUUGGUGUUUUCUCCCAGGGGAAUUUACAGUCUGAAUUGCAGAUUUUUCACAGCUUUUAAAAGGGAAAAGGUGCUGUAUACAGACAAUAUUCUCAUAUUUAAUCAUUCAGAAGUAAUGAAUCAGGAGUCAAAAAAUGAAAAAAAUGCAGUAUGAAUUGUGAAGCCUUUUCUAAAUAGAAAUAUAUUUUGAGUUUAGGAUUGGUUUCAGGUUUUUUUGAGCUAGGACCAGUAACUCUUCUUUCUGUAAAAGCUGAAAUGUCACGUAUCACUUCACUGUAGGAGCUGGGACUACAAGAGGAGGACUAGCUAGCAGAAACAUGAGUCCCACAACCUGGCAACCUUUAUAUGUUAACUGAACUUACUACAUUUUUUAGGACACCAUAGCAGGAGAUAGAGAUACCGAUGAAUGUGGAGGGUAGCUGUAGCAUAUAUUAAAAAGGUGCACCUAACUGAGAUCUAUGCAUUAUGUGUUCUAGAACUGGCUUUGUUAAGGAAACAAGUCUCCAAGUAGCAGAGAAAAUGCUAAAGCUUCUGCAGUAUUCAAAACGCACAAAUACUGUUCUUUCUCAGCCUUAAGGCGUGUUUAUACAAGGAGAUGAAUCCCAAAUAGCUACCGCUGAUUUUUUUCUUUUCUGCAGUAACCUCCCGCAUGAACUUUUUUAUUCUGGGCUAAGAAUCCCUUAUGCUGUUUGGAUAAUUAUAAUUACUGAAUUGAUAUUACCAGAGUGGAUUAGCCUAAACCAUAUAAAAGCAGUGAGUGGUGUUAACGCCUACGUAGGGAGUGAGUGCAGGAUGGAAAUUGUUUUAAUUCCUCACCAUACCUGUUUUGCAUUGAGUUUCCAGAGCCCCAGGGUUGGUGUUGACAUAGAGCUGGCACACGCAUGUUAUCUCCCACAGCUGGGUGCCAGCCUUGAGAAGGUUUGUCACUGGAGGGGUUUGUGCCUGGCCACCAACAGGCUGGUGGCAGGGAGCCUUGCAGACCUGUGCAUUCAGCCGAUGGCAGUGCUCUGGCCUGGGGGAGUCUCUUUUUAGCACAGUUUGUCCACAUUACCAGAAAGUGUCUCUAGAACUUUGAACAAAAGCCUCAAUACCAUUUUUAACCACUGAUUUUAACUAUUAUUUUUCAAAAGUGCUAGAAGCAAUGCCUUAUUCUCAAAGCCUCGAUGAAAAAUUACAGCACAGCAUACAAUAAGCUGUGCGUGUUGUUACUGGAAAUGUUAGUGCGCUACCCCCAGCUACUUGUUCUCAGCUCUUUGCCCCUCAGGCAUGAGCAGCUGAGGGAGAGGAGGAAUCAUCAGCAGGACAGGAGCCUUCCUCUAAGGCAGGUCAGCAGUGGGUGGGAUAGAAGUAAAGUAGAAAUUGCUCUGUGUGAUUCUUUUCUCUUUACAUGCACAAUUCCUCUCUCCUGUACACUUUCCAUGCUGCCAAGGUAGAGUUUUUUUGACCUGUGACCAUGCGCAGGUUUGUGUAGCCAAAUCCUAACUGGCAAUAGGAAAACAUUAAUUAUUUAUUAAAAGAUGGUUUUUUUCAAAUCCAUUUCUACCUGUGCUAGGAAGGAAGGAAUAGCAAUAUUACUUUCAAGAAUUACCCACCUUCCACAACUAGCAGGAUGCAUAUUUGUCACUCCUGGAUAUUUGUUUACAUAAAACCACAAUAAAACAGCCAUAAAUUGAUUUUCAAAUAAUUAAUUUAGAUUACAGCUAAAAGAUACACUGAAGUGAAUUAUGUUUCGCUGGAGUACAUUGCAUUUGGCCUCACUGCUGUUUGUGCAGCCAUGACUGGCAAUACAGCCUACAAAUUCCAUUUCAAGCAAAAUACAAGAAACCAUUUUAAAAUGCAAUAGCAAAAGCAACAAGACAAGCAAAAGAGCAACUAUUACUGUUCUUAUUUAAGAUAACAUCCAAAGGUCAUACUAUUAAUAAGUCUAUAUUAAUGCACACAGCCCUGGUUAAAAGGGAACAGAAGUGCCAUUUGCCAGAGAGUUCAGUAUAAUAGAGUCCUUUGGAAUUAACCAAAGAUUAGACCUUAUCAUGGCUGGAAUUUCUUAAACGUGGGUUUUCAGUCAUUUUCCUUUUAGGCCUAGAAUCAUGUUCUAAGAAAGACAUGAAUCUGGUCUAAGCCUACUAGCAAGAAGCAUGUUUUGCUUGAAUAUGUUUAUGGACUACUUUAGAAGUAAUCCAAUUUCAUCUUUAAGAAUCAGGGACUAUUGACUGAAAACUGUGGUCCUAAAUAAUUUGUUUUAUAAAUGAAUUUCAUAUAUAUAUGAGUGUGUAUAUAUACACACCUUUUGCUGCUCUCUGACGGAUGGAGCAGCUAUAUAUAUACAGUUAUGUGAUACUCCAGUUUCUGUCCUGGAAAGGGCUCUUCUGCCUUCUACUGUUUUAUAUGAAGAGUGGAAAACAUGUAUCAGAUUUUAUAAAGGGAAGUCUGCCAUACCCACUGCCUCCUAUGCCUUUUCUUACCCCUGCCUCACAUCUUAAUUUGCAAUCUAUAGGAAGAAGGAAUCUCAGAAUGAUUGGUUUUGCAUUUAUACAUCUGUCCAGAACAGGAACAUUCAUCCCAGGUGCAACCUUCAGAAUCCCAGGCCAGACUGGAAGAUAGUAUAAAUCAGUUGAUCACCAUUCCCAAAUAUACUAAUCAGCAAUUAUCAGUCUAAAUGAAGAAUUAAGAGAUCAUUAGCACAUUCAUUAAUGACAACAACACAGCAUUAUGGAAAUUAACACUCACAGUUUCAGCUAUACUAAAUACUCCUGGAAACGUCUUUAGUAGUCUCCUGCUAAAUGUCAGGCUCUUUUUUUACAUUUAUUGCUGCUAUAGAUAGUCAGUUCCUCCUAAGGUGGCAGUUGCACUAAUAAAUGUUUCACUUGUGUGAAUGUUUUGACACCGAAACAAUUUUCCAUCCACACUAUAAAACAGGGAAAGAUACUGCAGUGGGGUACAUGGUUCUUAUUUCUGGAUUUAUAAUGACAUUGUCAACCUUAGUCUUGGCAAUUUAGUGAUCCUGUUUUCCUUGUAAGCCAUUGCAGCUCCAUCUGUUCCUCUCUAAUUCACUGUGAGACUCACCUCCACCUUCUUGAUAUUUCUUUCUGUGUUUUGCUGUAAGACAUUGCAUAUGAUUGCAGGUAAAUAGAAGAGUCAUUGCCUUUCUGUAUGUUGCUAUAAUGUGUGACCUGCUACUCUGUUCAUGCCGGAUCUUUUGAUAAGGCUAAAGCUUCUGAGCAGAGAGUGUGAAACAACCCCCAAACCCCACCAGCCCUCUGGGUGCUGGGUCUGGGAGAAGGGCGGCUGUGGGCAGCUGGUGGGGAGCACCCCUGUGCAUGUCCCCCCACGCGUGUGCUGCAGCCUCAGCCUGGUGUGGGGCUGUGCAAAGGUUUGUGUAGCUGCAGGAGUAACGGUGCUGCUCAGGAAGGACAGACUACCCUGGAGGUGUCUUUAUUGUGGGGCUGCUGCGACACUCUGCUACACAGCCAUGUGCCUUUCUCCAUAAGGAGUGUAAUAAUAGCACAGGCCCUAGUUCCUGCUCAGUGCUGUUGCAUGAGUCACUGUCCCAAACUACAAAUAUAAGGGAUUUCUGUUUUAAUGCUUAUUUAUUUUUAUCUGAUUUCAAUCUGAGUCCACCCAUGGCCCUCCCGGCCAGGGCAGCAGAGCUUCCGUGACUGCUGCGCUCCUUCCCCGUCAGCUGCAGCGAUGAAUAGAAAGGUGCUCUCUUUUGAGAAGAAAAACAGCCAUUCCUUCCUCUCCACUCGCUCCUGCUUGGUUGUGCCAGGAGAUGUUAAAAUCCCCUGCUGAUAGGUCUGAAGUGCAGAGGUGAGGUACUGCAGGCAGGAAAGCAUCCUGGCUGCCACGCCAGGGUUGUAAGCUGGUUGAUACCCAGCUGCCUCCCACAGCCUUGUGCUGAGGUCAGCCAUGAAUGCUGCCUGUGCCCGCUCCUAAAUCUAGGUGGAUUACCUAGUGGGCUCCAGUCUUUCUGUGGCCAAAUCUCCCUUGAGAAGACCAGCAACACCGCUAUCUCCUUGGGUCCAGUUCCCUGAAUGUUUCACCCAGGGGCUGUGUAACUCUCUCUUGCCCACCACGCUUAGCUGUCUGCUGUCAUCUCCAGUGCUGCUGGUGCUAAGAGCUUUUAAGCAAGUUGAAGUCAUGUCACCCACAUGUCUCCGUUCCUGAAACUGUGCAGGAGCACCCAUGCUGGCCCUGCAGCCGGGCACACGGGGGGGCACAGGGCUCACCCAGGCUCAGCACUGACCUUGACCUCCCCAUGCUCCCAGUGCAGUGAGGAGCACGGCUGGGCCCUGGGAGGCUGCUGGUCUAUAAGAAGAUCAUAGAAACUGGAACAAGAGGAAACCCUUUGAGUUGAGGGUGAAACUCUUUAGGCAAAUAGUUUGUUUCAGGGCAUUAUCUUCUGUUGUGAGUUUGUUUGUUUUUGUUUUUUUUUUUUUUUUUUUCACAUGCUUUGGAAAGGUGAUUAAAUGACUGAGGUGAUUUACGUUUUUAAAAUUUUUUUUACUGACAUGGCUAAGCCAAUGAAGCUGUGGCACAGACGGCAGUCAUUUGCCACUCAUGCCAUACAAGGUGCUUUGUAUCUGUAGCUUAUUUUGCUUUGCUGAGUCUCAAUGUAGGAUACCAUCGUGAGACUUCAAUAUUGAUGUAACUGUCCACACUAGAAGGGCUUUGCACCUCUACUAUGCUGGCAUAGGUAAAAGGAGCAAUGUCUUUAGUGCAGGCUUUGUACUGUGAAUGACCUUGUUAAGUCCUAAGAAUUACUUGCACUUGGUUACCAUGUUUGUAAGCCAUUGUAGGAUCAGCUGCUUAUGUGAAAAACUACCUGAUUUUUAUUAUUUCAGUCAAAUUCCACCUGAAGUGGAAAUAAUUCUGAGUCUUGCUUUUUAUUUUGAGAUCAUUACAAUGCUAACAGUGAGGCCUCUGGUUAGGUAAAAUGGCAAAUAUUUAAUAUAUAUAUACACACAUAUUUAGUUCAUAGUAUAAUUAGUGCCUUUCUAUUUUAUUUUCUAGAGAUUGUAUAAGCUAAGGCAUAUUGCUCUUCUCUCAUGUGGAAAUAGACAAAAUAUUUCAGCACAGAAUGGAGAAUCAAAUCUCCAUUGAGUAAAUUUACUGCCAAAAAUAUUUUAAUUCCAGCUCUGAGAACACUUAGCUCUUAGUCCAGCUCUCAGAUGAUCUCAGGACUCCACAGAUAGAUAGGAAGCGAAACAUUUUGCUGGACUUGGGUCCAAGUUUUUUAUGUCUAAUUUUGACUUCAUUAAUUGACUAAAUAUGUCUAAUUGAUUUAAGGAAGUAAAUUUUAUGUAUAUUUGAAAUGCAGCUGAAACAAGGAGAGCUAAAGCCUCACUUUUUCUGGGAAGCACAUGGUACUUUGAGUUCAUCAGUCUCUUGAGUCCUUGACCAUCAUCUUUGGUACCUUGGUAUGUUCUGGGGUAUGAUUUUUGCCUUAUUUUAAAAUCAGAAUAAUUUUAGAUAUUUGUGACAUAAUGCUUUGCAGAAUACACAAAAUGGCAAAUUUUGCCCGGAGUAGCUUUUUCAAGUUGGAGAAUCAGUUUAACCAAACGGUACCUCAGGAAUGGAAUAGAUCACAUCGGUCGGCUGACCUAUCCAGUUUACAAAAUUGUUUAUUUGAAUGAAAUGUAGAAAAGUUGUAGAGUAUGUGUAAGAGGCAGCCCUUACUUUUUACUGUGACUUAGCUGUUCAGUGAAAACAAGGUACAGUUGAGUGGUGGAAUCCAGGGUGCUGGGAGUCCAUGCUGGAUGGGUGCUUGCUGACACGGACCUUGCCUUGUGCCCAGCCUGGGGAGAGGUGUCUUGCCAUCAGCUCCCCAUCAGGUGCUGUGCUCACUGACCAAAUGUUUGUGAUGAAGUUAUAUUUUGUCAGUUGUCUUCUUAUGUCCUACCAUCAGCUACGGGAUAUAGCCUCUGCGUGUUGUUGACUCUCCUUUACACUCUGUCUGUUAGAUCUGUAUCAAUUGUAAUUUUUAAAUGCUAAUGUGCCUUACUGUCAUUGUAGAAGAUAUGUUAGCACAAGACUUUCAAUCAAAUAUGGUAAAAUCUUUGUGAUUUCUUUAUCACCAUUAAAAUAUUAUAUUUAUGUA